CUCAACGAAGUUUGUUUUGACAGUUGACCACGGAACAUUUUUCUGCUUGCAGUUGUACCAUUCAGACGCGUUCUUUUCUGUUUUUCUUCUGUUUAUUUCGUCGUUGCUUCAUUUUACAUCAAACAUUCAAUUUAUUACAUUUUGAUACUUAAUAAGACUGAAUCAAAAGUUAACAUUUAUCAUAGACAAUCGAGAAAUUUUUUGUGUUUUUUUUUUCAACAAUUUAGUUUGAAAUACUUAUCGAAGAAAAGGGUUCUGUGGUGAUUGUUUAUAGUGGCACAUUUUGCCGCGCAAUUUUAACACAAACAAUAACAAGAACGAACAAGUUUUGUCUCGUACAACAAAGCAAACACGAAUGCACACUGCGACUGUCUGGUGUUAACGGGAAUCGGAUUUCCAUGUGAUUUCGGCAUGGACAAUUUCACAUUGUGUAUUUUUGCUAGUGUAUACGCUGUUGAACCAUUGUUAUCUGUUUAACGGCAAACAAAAUGCGACGAAGUUUAGCGCCCAGCCAGUUGGCGGCGAACCGUACAAUAAACAAAACUGUCAGUGGAAUACCUCUUACCGUGGGCCUGGGAAGUAAUACUACGACCGGAUUCAAACCAUUCAAAAGUCCAUUGAUUGGCGGACCACAACCGAAACGAAAAUGCCGCGAAGAGAAGAAGGAAAACCGUUGCAUCGCACCAACGCGACCCGUUCAAUCGAUGAGCACAUAUGAAGAGUUGGUGGCCAAACUGCUGAGCAAACCAUUUAAAGUGCCCAUUCCAGACUAUGUGCCCGAUACACAUGGAAAUCGUUGUCUCGGCCUUCGUCGAACAGUUAUUCGACGUGCGCUUCACGAUCCGAACGCUUGCAACGCUCUGGUACUGUACAUACCACCGCAAGAACAAGGCAAAGUCAGCGAACAUGAGCGGCUUUUACAAGAUAAAUCAAAAGUUUUGGUUCACGUGGUUGUCGAUCCAGUGGUUGGUAACAUUUUACGGCCGCAUCAACGUGAAGGUGUUCGAUUUAUGUACGACUGUGUGACUGGUGUAAAAGGUGAUUUCCAUGGUUGCAUCAUGGCAGACGAGAUGGGUUUGGGUAAAACACUGCAAUGCAUCACACUAUUGUGGACACUCCUGCGCCAAAGUCCAGAAUGCAAACCGACAAUCAUCAAAGCGAUUAUCGUUUGUCCAAGUUCACUGGUCAAAAAUUGGUACAACGAAUUUGGAAAGUGGUUAGGUCAUCGUAUAAAUGCAUAUGCUGUUGAAAAUCAGGCAAAAGAAGAAACAUCACGUGGACUGGAACGAUUUAUGGCGAGUCAAAGUGCCCGAACCGGUUGCCCAGUGCUCAUUAUCAGUUACGAAACAUUUCGAAAUUACGCAAAGAUCUUGUGCGAAUCGGAAGUUGGACUGUUGCUAUGCGACGAAGGUCAUCGAUUGAAGAACUGUGAAAAUCAGACGUACAACGCUCUGAUGGGAUUGAAGACGAAACGACGAGUUUUGUUGUCCGGUACACCAAUUCAAAACGAUCUCACCGAAUACUUUAGCUUGAUUCAUUUCGUCAAUCCAGGAAUGCUGGGCACACGAAACGAAUUCAAGAAGAAUUACGAGAACAUCAUUCUGCGCGGCCAAGAUGCCAACUGUACUGACAAAGAUCGCCAACAAGCCACUGAAAAAGUCACACAAUUGACAAACAUUGUCAAUCAGUGUUUGAUUCGUAGAACGAAUCAAAUUCUCACAAAGUACCUGCCAGUCAAAUUCGAAAUGGUGAUUUGCGUUAAACUGAGCAAAGUCCAAUCGGACAUUUACAAAAGCUUUUUGGCAUCGGAUAAUGUUCGCAAAGCGGUUCUUGGUAAAGAGAAUUCACCAAACACAAUGACGGCACUCGCAAACAUCACGAAUCUCAAGAAACUAUGCAAUCAUCCUGAUCUUGUCAUGGAAAAGAUCACCGAUGGUGUAGAUGGUUUUGCCAACACUGCCAAAUACCUGCCUGAUGGAUACAGCAAAAAAGAUCUUCGUCCGGAUUUGAGUGGAAAAUUGAUGCUGUUGGACAUUAUGUUGGCCAGCAUAAAAUCAAACACCACCGAUAAAAUUGUGUUGGUUUCGAACUACACACAAACAUUGGAUAUGUUUGAACGUCUGUGUCGAAAACGUGGCUACGGCUAUGUCCGACUCGAUGGCACAAUGACAAUUAAAAAACGUGGAAAAGUGGUGGCCGAAUUCAACAAACCCGACUCAGAUCGAUUUGUUUUUAUGUUGAGCUCAAAAGCUGGCGGCUGCGGUCUGAAUUUGAUCGGUGCAAAUCGAUUGGUUAUGUUUGAUCCCGACUGGAAUCCAGCCAAUGACGAUCAAGCAAUGGCUCGAGUUUGGCGUGAUGGACAAACGAAACCCUGUUUCAUUUAUCGAAUGCUUGCGGCGGGAACGAUUGAGGAAAAAAUCUUCCAGCGUCAAGCUCACAAGAAGGCACUAUCGAAUGCCAUCGUUGACAACGAAGAAAAUGGUGAACGUCACUUUACGAAAGAUGAUCUACGUGAUUUGUUCAGCUUGGAUGAACAUUGUUUGUCUGAUACUCAUGCGAUCUUCAAAUGCAAACGUUGUGUGGAUAACGUUCAAGUGAAAUUACCACCGCCCGAUUCCGAUUGUACAUCGGAUUUAUCACAAUGGUAUCAUUGUUCCAACAACAAAGGCAUAUCGGAUGAUAUUCUGAGCCAAGCCUGGGAUGUGUCAAAGUGUGUUUCGUUCGUGUUCCACCAUCGGUCAAGCCAAGCCGAAGUGAAACUCGAAGAUGCAACCGAAAAGAUUGGCCAAAAAAAGAAGAAAAAGCUUUACAAGGACAGUGAUGAAGAAGAUGAAGACAUGGAUUUCGAACCAGAAGAUGAUGGAGACGAAGAUUUUGUUUUGUAGUUUAAUUUAAGUUUAUUUCGUUUAAUUCAAAGUUUUCUUUAUACAUAUAUAUAUAUCGCCUAGAUUUGGUUUCAUUCUUUGAAGUCAGGUAAAUUUAUUAAUUAGGUAAACUUGAAGUGUGAAAAAAAUGUGAAACAUGAAAAGAUAAAUAUGAAUAUAUAUAUGCGAUAA